UUUUCAUUAAGCGAAAUGGAGGUUUUGGGUGUCAGCUUUUCCUUUAGCUCCCCUCCCACCUCCUCCACAGAUAUCAAGCCGCCGGCCCUUUUCCUGAGUGUUUAUCUCCGGCAGAGCAGAGGUUUUAUCUCCUUAUACAUCAGCUCUCGGUUUAGCAGCACUUCAGAUGGCCUUUCUGCAAAUCCUCAGAAAGGUGGGAUUCUUCGGUAUCUCUCCAACCGCUUCUACGACAUUGAAACGAUUGUCGAUAUCACCCAGAAGUUAAAGAGGUGGAAAAUGGAAAAACAAAACAAGCAUGAUGUUGCCCUGCAUCAGCGUUACGGCGAUGAUAUCGGAGCUGCCCUCUUUGUCCUGAAACUGAAAGGAAGCAUUCGUUUCCAGGACCAAAUGGAUUGGUAUGGCGAGAACCCCAAAGAGAAAGAAAGCAUAGAUCUUCUAGAUUAUCAUGGAAAAUCCUUGGAAGCAAUUGAUCUCAGCGGUUCCGUCAUCAGUUACCUAGGCCUGAAAAACCUUGUGAACCUGAAAGCCCUGAAGCAUUUGAACCUGACCAGAUGCCCCUUCAUCGAUGACUGGUGCCUGGGCCUGCUGCACCCCUUCGCGGGCACCCUGCAGAGCCUGUCCCUGGCUGGCUGUUCCCGGGUCACCGAGAAAGGGCUGGCUUGUCUCCACCACCUGGAAAAUUUGCAGCGCUUAGAUGUCUCCAACCUUCCUUCUGUUCCUCACCGACUGUUAAUUCGGAUUCUCCUGGAAGAAAUGUUGCCCCGGUGUUAUAUUGUGGGUAUGGAUGACAGUGAAAACACGGACUUUCCCACCGAACAAGAAAAACAGAGGAUCAGCUGGACACCCAGCAAGAUCUCCACUUGAACUGAAAUGGACAGAAUUGUAAGGCUCUCACACUGCCUUUGAAACAACAGUUCGUUAAAUUCUUCCGUUCCCACUCUGCUCCUCAUUGAUACACGGACACAGUUAUUUUAAAGCAGACUCCCAAUGUUGUUGGCCAAGCUAGCUGUGGAUUAUAGGAGUCAGUUGACACAUUUGAUAUGGCAGCAGGUGGGGAAGUUCUAAAGAAUGCCCAUUGGUUCAUUUUCCUGCAUAAUAAAUGGAGUUCUCCCUAUUUGGGUGGGGAGUUAAUGCUGAAGAUAUUCCUUUCCCACUUUUUGAGUGAGGUGACUUAAUAUAUCAGAAGUUUUUUAAAAGUAUCUGUAAUUCCAUGUUGGAUUUAAUCGAUUGAAAGGAUCUGCUAAUGUACCUUAUUACCAAAUGGCCUGUACGAGUUUUGGACAUCAAACAGCUAGAGACACACAGAGGAAGAAGAAUGCUCUCAAAGAGGGCGGAUCGUAACUUUUUGAUUUGAACUUAAAAGGAGACCUGCUGGAAGAGAGUUAAAAGUCCACAUGAUUCCAUAUUGUCUUUAGAACAACCCCAUCUGGGCUCUCAAGAUUGUGUAGGGAAUAAUCAAACUGGCACAGGGUUUCUCAACCUUGCUGGCCGGGGAAUUCUGGGAGUUGAAGUCCACCCAUCUUCAAGUCGCCAAGGUUGAGAAACCCUGGAUUGACAGGUAGACUUCCUUUGAAUAAGGAAGUUCUGCUUCUCAGGGCUUGCCCGUGGUGUUAGAGGUAAGGCCAGCACUGCUUUUCAUGAUGCAACUGUGUUUGAGCAACUUCCUCACCCUGAACUGUCUAUGCAUGAAUCAGAUAAUGAAGAGAAAAUGCUUUCGCUUCCUCCUUGCCCUUUCACGUAUGCAAAUAAGCACCAGCAUCCUUGUUUGCUGCUUGUUUUCCCGUGUGGGUGCAAAUCAGGGCUUUACCCAUCUCUAUUUAAAGGACCUGCCCUUUCGGUGGUACCUACCGAUCUUCAUCAGGUGAAGUUCUGUCUGGGCCCCACAGCCCUUGUUGAUAGCUCUGGGGCGGAAAGCCACAGCUGUGAAGCACCUGAGUUGCUGCUGUUGCAGGCUGUUGACGAAAACAAUCUUUUGCAAGUAAGAACAAGUCUUGGCGGUGGCUGGAAACCAGUGGGAUUUGCACAUUCAGAGAAGCCACUGCAGCAACUGAAAACGGGAGAAUGUUUGGGCUGUGUGCCUUUAUAGCACAGCGUUGCCCUGAGCGACCCAUUCCAUGUAUGUGUGUGUAUAUACAUACACACACACACAUAGCUUUUGUCUCCCUCUCCCCAAAGCUUUUGGAUAAAUGGUCAAGAGAGAGCCCGUAAUGACAGGUGCGCUGGGCGGGUUCAGCCUACAAGAUCUUCUCAGCUUGGCCAACGCGUCAUCUGUAGCCACACGGGCUUCUCAGCCUAACUUACCUCGCGGGGUGUUCAUUAGAUUAAACUGGAGCUCCUUGGGUCAUAUUUAUCACAGUCUUAUGAACUGUGCUGGCAUCCAUUUUUGAUGAGCAUCGGUAUAUCAAUAGCAGCUCAUAUUCAUUUUACAGUAAGAAAGGGCAGGAUUUAAAAACAGCAAAUUCCCUGUUGGAGAGGCAUGUCAUAAACUAUUUAACAAUGAUGAGAUCUCCACAUUAAAAAAUGUAGCAAACCUUCAGAGAGGUGGGUGUAAUCCUUUGAGAAAAUUAGGAAGAUUGGAUUAUGUAUACAGAAGACACUGGCUGAGUUCACGUACACUAAGUUUUAGGUAUGAUUUGCCGGAGGAGCCAUGACAAAUAACUCCAAGCCAUAAAUUGCAGUUUACGUGGUUCACACGUUACUCUAAGCCAAAACCAAACCACGUUGCAAUUUCAGAAGAACUUUUCCACUUCUACUAACCUAACCCAGCAUGGGAGAAGAGCUUUUGAAAAUCUUCAGCAUUAUAAAAGCAUUGAACUUAUAGAGCUGCCAUUUUGAUUCAUUGCAAAUUAUACACGGUGACCAUCAGUGGAUGGUGGCUCAUGAUUAUCCCAAAUAAUAUAAUUUUCAGACCUUUUGAAAACAUAUAUUUGGUUAACCUUUUAAUCCUAUCAAAGCAGCCUUGUCAAACAGGGGCAUAAUUGUGAGCAGUGAAUCCCAUAUUUUCCUCUGUGUUUGAGGGUCCAUUCCCAGGGCUAAUUCUGUCUGCAAAUAUGGUCAUAUCCUGUACAGUAAUAUAGACCAGUGCUUCUCAACCUUGACCACUUU